AUGUGUUUGAAGCGAAUAGAGUUCGUGCUUUUGAUUUUUGCACUGUAUAUGGAUAUCGUGCCGGAUGCAGAAGGCAGCAUUAUGGAUAUGGUGGACUUUCGGUACUGGCGGUGCGUGAUGAAGAGGGAAUGGGAAUGCCCCGACCACGAAAUCAACUUCUUCCUGUUUACACCUGAGCACCCACACCAGCAUUGGAUUGACCCUCGUCACCCGGAUCUGCUGCAGGACCUCGGCUGGAAGAUUGGAAGGAAAAACGUUCUUAUAAUCCACGGUUUCAACGGCACUCAUAGCAAAUCUCCCAUGACAACUUUGCGAGACGCUUUCCUGCACCAAGACUACAAUGUAUUCAUGGUGGACUGGGCCCCACUAAGUAGAUUCCCGUGCUACCUCUCAGCUCUCUCAAAUAUGAAGCUCGUAUCCCAGUGUACGGCCCAGCUGUAUUCGGUUAUAACAGAGGCCGGGGGUUUGGCGAAGAAGACCACUUGCGUUGGUCACUCUCUAGGAGCACACAUAUGCGGGAUGAUAUCCAAUCAUCUCACAGAGAAGCAAUACAAAAUUGUGGGUAAGUUUUUUUGGUUUUUCGUAUGA